GUAAGAAGAGCAAAAGGAAGUGUCUGAAGGCUGAGCACUCCGUGUUGGCUGUCUGUGUCUCUAUGCGUCUUUCUCUACAGAACCUUGUACCAGCUUUGUAAAUUCCUCUCUUCUGUGUCUGGGCCUUCUGUUUCAUAUACAUCUUUUUAGGCAGGAAGAAGGGUGUAAAAAGGAGAAAUAAUUUUCAAGAGUAUAUACAUUUUCGCACAGACAACACAGUACAUAUAGAUAUAAAUAUAAGAGAGAGAUAGAUAGAUAGAAAGAUAGGAGAGGGAAAAAGCAUGGGAUGUUUUCCAUGUUCAGGAGAUUCAUCAUCAAUCAAGAAGCCGGAGAAAAAAAGGAAGAAUUAUAGUCAUAUCAAUACCAAUCACUAUACAAAAGAUGAUCAAAGAAUACCCACAACAGUGAGCCCAAAUAAAGGUGGGAAGAAGGAGAACAAGAUAGAUAUAAAUCCAUCUGCAGCACCAGACGAGGUGGCUAGUAAGAGGUCUUUUUGUGAUGAAGAUGGUAAUCGAUCAAACUCUAGGGCCUUUCAAUAUACCGAACUGGAAGCUGCUACAGAAAAUUUCAGGUCAGAAAAUUUUCUGGGGGAGGGAGGCUUUGGCAAAGUUUACAAAGGUUGUCUGGUAGAUACCGGUCAGAUUGUAGCUAUUAAGCAGCUUGAUCCUAAUGGAUGUCAAGGGAUCAGGGAGUUUACGGUUGAAGCAUUAUUCUUAAGUUUGGCUGAUCAUCCUAAUCUUGUCAAGUUAAUUGGUUGUUGUGCCGAGGGAGUUCAGAGGCUGUUGGUCUAUGAGUACAUGCCCCUGGGUUCUCUGGAUGACCAUUUACAUGGUCGUCUAUCCAAUAAAAAAAAGCUUGAUUGGAACACAAGAAUGAAUAUAGCAGCUGGUGCAGCUCGAGGCUUAGAGUAUUUGCAUGACAAGAUGAAGCCUCCUGUCAUCUACCGAGAUUUAAAGUGUUCUAACAUUCUUCUUGGGGAGGGUUAUCAUCCAAAGUUAUCUGAUUUCGGUUUGGCCAAAGUUGGCCCUUCGGGAGAUAAAAGUCAUGUUUCCACCAGGGUGAUGGGUACAUACGGAUAUUGUGCUCCGGAUUAUGCAAUGACCGGUCAACUUACAUUCAAAUCUGAUAUUUAUAGCUUUGGUGUUGUUCUUCUGGAGAUCAUCACUGGCAGGAAAGCAAUUGACGAUUCUAGACCUGCUGCAGAGCAAAAUUUGGUUGCAUGGGCACGGCCCUUGUUCAGAGACAGGAGAAAAUUCUCUCAGAUGGCUGAUCCAUCGCUGGAAGGUCAAUAUCCCGUAAGGGGCUUGUAUCAAGCUCUUGCAAUUGCUGCAAUGUGCGUCCAGGAGCAAGCUAGCAUGCGACCCGUGAUAGCUGAUAUUGUUAUAGCUUUGAAUUACCUUGCAUCCCAAACAUAUGAUCCCAGUCGCCUUCCGGUCCAUAAUUCCCGAAAGAGCUCAUCUUCAUAUAAAUCAAGAAAAGAUGAUGAACAGAAACCUCUUGCUGGAACCACUACUGGCGAUGAUGAUGAUGAUGAUGAUGAGCAAACCAGGCUUAAUGACUGAUAUCCGUGCUACUUUUUGGCCCAAGUACCUCUUCAUGUGUUUUCUGAUUUCUUUUCCACAUGAUAACGGGUGCUUCUCUGCAUUGUACUUCUGGUAAAAACAGAAAUCCCCCUUCUAGCAUCAGCCAUCUUUACCUCAAAUUUGGCUCUGCGUCCAGGGUAAAUCUUUAGUCGGGCUCAUGUGUAAGAAGAACCUUCAAUUCGAAUUCAAAAAAGAGAAAAGUAUAGUGAAAUAAGAGGACAAAUUGUUUUAUUUAGUGGGAAGAAAUGAUGCUCAUUUUGUUUUUUCAUUCGAAGCAUAAGUUGUUG